AAGCGAGUGCAUUUCGGCACAAAGCCAGCCUGAACGGAAUCUGGAGCCAAAGAGUUCCAAGCGAUGACGCAGUCCUUGACUGCGAACUGGCUCUCAAACAGUCUCAUUUGUGUGACCUUGUAUGGCUUUUGGGGCUUUCUAUCGAAGUUGGCCCUACUUCGAGGUCUUUCAGCUGCUCAAGAAGCAAGCAUUCAAAAGUUGGGCUUCUUUAUGCUGAUGCCUCUCAUCAUGAAGCCGUCUUCCAACGAGCCCACCGCUGCUGCUCCUCUGUUGUCUCGCCCUAAGACAGCUCUACUCUCGGCCUGGCUUAGUGGAGCUUGUUGUGCCAUUGCUUCCAUGUUUUACUCCCGAGCCAUGGCCCAUGGGGAUGCUGGAGCGGUCUCUGCGGUCACGGCCAGCUAUCCACCCAUCACCCUGCUGCUGGGCGCCUUGUUCGCUGGUGAAGAGCUUAGCAAAAGCAAGAUCGGUGGCUCCAUCCUCACGCUGCUGGGCGCGUACCUCUUCACCCGCCGCUAGGCCCGCGCGGUGCCGGCAAGCAAAUCGAUUUGCGGAAGUGUUGGGUGGAGGUUGAUGCUGACAGGCGCUAAUCACCUCCACCGAAUGCCAAAGGGCAUUGCCAUUGUGAACAGCACAAUGACAAGGCCCUCAGCUGCAACAA